CGUUGGGGGAUUCCAAGCGGAGCUGGUUGAGCGCUCAAAGUCCCUCUGCCUCGCGCGCUGGCUCCGGUCGGGGGGGCGGGAGGGGGGGUCUCUGCCGUGCUCCGUCGGUGUCCAUACAAAGAGGAAGCCGAGCGCCGCGCCGCGCCAAGAGUCGAAGCGAGCCUCCUGCGGAACCAGGGACAUGGACAUGAAGAAAAGGAUCCACUUAGAGCUGCGGAACAGGACGCCCUCCGACGUUAAAGAGCUUGUUCUUGACAACUGCAGGUCAAAUGAAGGCAAAAUCGAAGGCCUCACAGAUGAAUUUGAAGAGCUGGAAUUCUUAAGUACAAUCAAUGUUGGCCUCACCUCAGUGGCAAACUUACCAAAGUUAAACAAACUUAAGAAGCUCGAGUUAAGCGACAACAGAAUCUCGGGCGGACUGGAAGUGCUGGCGGAAAAGUGCCCAGCCCUCAUGCAUCUCAACCUGAGUGGCAACAAGAUCAAGGACCUCAGUACGAUAGAGCCGCUGGAAAAGUUAGAAAACCUGAAGAGUUUAGAUCUUUUCAACUGUGAGGUGACUAACUUGAACGACUACAGAGACAACGUCUUCAAACUGCUCCCGCAGCUCACGUACCUGGAUGGGUAUGACCGGGAUGAUAAGGAGGCCCCCGAUUCCGACGCAGAGGGCUACGUGGAAGGCCUCGACGAGGAGGAGGAGGACGAAGACGAAGAGGAGGGUGAUGAAGAUGCUCAGGUCAUAGAAGAGGAGGAGGAGGAAGAUGAGGAGGAAGAGGGAGAAGAGGAGGAUGUAAGCGGGGAAGAGGAGGAGGAUGAAGAAGGCUAUAACGACAGGGAAGUAGAUGACGAAGAAGAGGAGGAUGAAGAAGCCGAGGAAGAGCGGGGCGAGAAGAGAAAACGAGAGGCUGAUGACGAGGAAGGCGAUGAAGACGACUGAAGUGGCUAUACUCUAUCUCGGGGUCGGGGGACAAAUUUCCUAUUGUGAUUUGACUGUUCCUAUCCUGUAUUUCACCCCCUCCCCUCCCGUUGCUGUGGGGUUGAGAAGGAAGUGGAUAGUUGUGCGGGUGAGGGAAUUUAAUCUUUUUUUAAGAACUGCCACUCCUGCUUUUGUUUCUGAAGAAUUUCCUUUUGUGUCUGUUAUUAGUUCCUGUCAAUGCAAUAGCAAAUAUAAAGCAAGUGGUGGAUUUGUUUUUAUUUUUAUUUUUUUCUUGGAGUGGAACAUCUAUACACUUUGGGUUUUUUAAGGAAAGUUUUUUUUAAAGGUUUGAGCAAGAAGAUUUCCAUGUGAUACAAAGGGGGCAGGAAUGGAGAUGGUGGUGAGAUCUUUUUGGGUCCGUAGAAUCAGUGGCUUUUGCCAGUCUCUGAGCAUAUUGUAAGUAUUUUUUUUCUUCUCUUCUGGAUGCAGCAAAGUUUGCCGUGAAAGCAUUCCAGCCAGAGCAGUGAAGUGCAAACAGCAUCUUGAUAACGUGUUUUCUUUGUUGCCUGUUUGUGAAUGACUGCUGUUCCCAGAAACCGUUUCUCUCCAUUUCCCGUAGGUAACUUUUUACUUUGUCGUUUGUAAAUAGUGACCAAAUACGUAAUUUCCCUCCCCUUCUUUCUUUUUUAUUUGGUUUGUGGGGUUGAUUUUCAUUUUUUUAUUUUGUUUUCUCUGUAAAACCCUUUUGGAGCUUGGCCCACCCAGAGGGUCUCCACAAAGCGGGGGGGAUGCAUGGGCAGGACAGCUCAUGUUCCCGGGGGGGGGGGGGGGCGCAGCCUCUGUGGAAAAGUUCUCUGUAAACGGCAGUUAUUAAAAUAUCUAUAAAUAUAUAUAAAAAGUGUUCCUAAUUUCCUGAGUUAACUGGUGAAAUGAAUUUGACAGUUGUAAUAAAAAAAGAAAAUGUUUGAACCCUUUUAAUUAAGGUGUGUACUAUUUUGGUCUGUAAAAUAUUAUAUAUAUAAAUAUAUUAACACCUCCUUGAUAUUAAGUGACAAGAAUCUGUUUCCAUGUGUGCGUUACACUACCCUGGAGAUUUUUGCAAACCUUUUGAACAGCAGAGGGGACGAUGUGUGUCUGGCCCGGGAUGCUUUCUUUUCAUACACUCAAGCACGGAAUGCGGAUACAAAAGAUGUAUUUUCUUACCUAUUUGCAAGUCAGUAAACCGGCUGCAAAGUACCUAGGUGAAUGUACAGUUUUAAUUUCAUAUCCUUUUAAAAAAACAUUAGAAGUGACUUGUAUUUCCUAGUCAGUAUCUCCUCUGUGUAUAAAAUUUUUUAAAAAAACAUCACAAUCUUCCCUCUCACUCCCCAAAGAGUAAAACUUUUUGAGUUUUAUGUCUUGUUUGUCAAUGAUGAAUUUCAAUAAACCUUUUUUAUACAA